AUGCCAAGUCAUGUAUUGUACGGAAUGUUUGGUUCCGGUAGUAUGAUUCCUAUGAGUAAGGAGUUCGAACAAAGGUGGUUAUCAGCUAUAUGGAACAUGAACAAUAUGAACAUUGGACCUAUUUCUAACCUUUGA